ACGAACGCAGAGGGAAAAUGGAAGCCCAUCUUCGCGUUUUCAACUUCAAUGAAGUCGUUAUCACAAAUUAUUUUUAAAGGGAAGAAGGUGGUGAGCCUAACAUGUAGGGAGAUUUCGAUCGGGGAUGAGAUCGGAUCGAAAAUUGAAGCAUUUAUAUGAGAAAGCAACCGCGGUUUCUGUCUCUGAUUUUUUAAAGGCGAGUGUUAUUCUGUUGCCGCUUCGAAGUGAUCGAGUAACAACCGAUGACGGGAUCCAUGGCUCUCAGGGGAGUGAUCACCUUGAUUUUCUUCGUUCUCGUCUCCUCAUCGUUCCUUCUUCCUUAUGCAGGUGGACGUCCAAUAUUCAUAACUGAGCUGGCCGCAGAGAUUACAGAAGUGGAGGAGGAAGCAUUAUCUGCGGGAUCCCAACAUGAUGGAAGCGACGGGAUCCACCAAAGAAUGCUGAGAGUAAAAACAAACGACUAUGGCAGUUAUGAUCCUUCACCAACGUUUGUGAGGCCUCCCUUCAAGCUCAUACCAAACUGAUAAUGGAGGUCGUAGCUAGACUCCGGCCAUGAUCAUCAAAGUUGGUAGAAAUAUUAUGCAGGUGCUUGAGCACAUAUAUACAUAUAUAAAGAUAUAUAUAAGCAUACAUAUAUAUAUCAGCUUAUGUGGAUAGUCGAGGGCUUAUGUGGACAUAGUUUGCUAUUGAAUAAAUGUAUCUUCCACCCUAUGAAUGUUACAUAAAUCCAGCGAAAGAAGCAUGUACAAGGACAUACAUCCUGCAUAUACAUGCAUAUGUUAUGUUAGAGAAAGAAAUAGAGAGAGAGAAAGCUGGGCAGCCGCAUGCGAAGCAAGCACAAGCUCUGUUUGAAGUAGCCUGGACCUGCUUUAACGGGCAUAUAAAAGCAAAAGGUAGGCAUGCGAAGAAUCUAUGUAAUUUCCCACCUGUUAAAGAGCAUCUUCAUCCGCUUUCUGGACA